GGCUCCUUUUUUGAGGUGAGAGGCGGGGAGGCUUCGCCUGAGCAGGUCCAUCCCGGAGGGAGUCCCCGCUCUUAGGACGCCGCUAUGGGAGGCCGCUGGGCGCUUCGACUGGCUUUGCUGGCGCUCCUGGGCGCAUCAACAGGUUGUGCACUAUCCAUUUCCCCAUCAGGAUCUCCUUUGGUUGUGAAUAGCGGGCAAGAAUUUAAGCUGACCUGUACAAAUGAUGACCCAGUGACCUGGGUCUUUUACAGCGCUGACCCAUCCACGAGGUUAAAGAAUUUCAAAACUAAAGAAGUGCAUGUUACUCAAGCAAGACCCACAGACACAGGAACCUACCUAUGCAAGAGCAAGAAAAACUCAAACAGCUCCGUUUAUGUUUUUGUUAAAGAUCCAGCGGUUCUGUUCUUUCAUAGACCCACAAUCUUUGGAAGGGAGGACAGCGAUGCUCUUAUCAUCUGCCCAGUGACAGAUCCAGAUGUUUCCAAUUUCACCUUGAAAAGAUGUCGUCCCAAACCUCUGCCUGAAAAUAUGACAUUGGUUCCUGAUCCUCAGAAGGGGAUCACCAUAAAACAUGUACAGAGAUCAUUUCUAGGUUGUUACCGUUGUGUGGCGCAACAAGAUGGAGUUGAGAAAAGCUCAAAAGAUAUAACACUUGUAGUGAGACCAGUUCACAAAUCCUUACCAUCCAUCACCUUGUCCAAAACAAACCAGCUUCUCAAAGAAGGUGAAGAAUUUGAAGUUACAUGUACAAUCAGGGAUAUAGAUAGUUUUCUGCAAACUGAUUGGAUUUUUCAAGGCAAUGCGAGCCUUUCCAGGAAAAGCAAGAAUGUGCGUGAUUAUGAAUAUGAACAAAAAUUAAGGCUGAGCAUCCGUUCAGUGGGAGUUAAUGAUUCUGGAGCUUUCACGUGCCAAGCAACCAAUGCUUUUGGAACAUCUAAUGUCACUGUAACCUUGAAUGUCAUAGGUAAAGGAUAUAUCAGUUUAUCAACUUCAACAAAUACAACACUCUAUGUCAACGACGGGGAAAGUCUGGGCUUGGUAGUAAUGUAUGAAGCGUAUCCGAAACCAGAAGAAGAAAUGUGGCUAUACAUGAACGAAACACUGCAGAAUUCAUCUGAUCAUUAUGUGAGAGUUACAAAUAUAGACAAAAACAGCUACUCCAGUGAGCUUCAUCUUACCCGGCUAAAGGAAAUGGAAGGAGGUCUUUAUACAUUUUUUGUCUCCAAUUCAGACGCCAACUCCUCUAUAACAUUUAAUGUCUAUGUAAACACCAAACCAGAGAUUGUCACUUCGGAAAGACUGAGCAAUGGAAUGCUACUCUGUGUGGCAACUGGAUAUCCAGCUCCUACUAUUAGCUGGUAUGUUUGCCCAGCCACUGAGCAAAGGUGUCCAGAUUCUCCAAAUGUUUCUCCAGUGAAUGUAAAAACCAAAUAUAAAGAUUCAACAUUUUCCUCCUUUGGAAAGAUAAUUGUGGAAAGUACUAUUGAUACGAGCAUGCUCAAGAGCAAUAGCACAAUCACCUGUGAGGCUUCCAAUACCAUUGAUAGGCGGUCAGCUUUCUUUAACUUUGCCAUUAAAGAACAAGAAAAUAGCCGCAGCCUUUUCACUCCAUUGUUAAUCGGCUUUGGUGUAGCAGCAGGACUGAUGUGUGUUAUAGUCAUAAUCCUUGUUUAUAAAUAUAUCCAGAAACCCAAAUAUGAGGUACAGUGGAAAGUGGUUGAUGAAAUAAAUGGAAACAACUAUAUCUACAUAGAUCCAACACAGCUUCCAUAUGAUGAGAAAUGGGAAUUUCCAAGAAACUGCCUCAGUUUUGGCAAGAUUCUAGGAGCUGGAGCUUUUGGGAAAGUCGUUGAAGCUACUGCCUAUGGUCUCUUCAAACCUGAUGGGACAACGAGAGUGGCCGUGAAAAUGCUCAAAUCCAGUGCUCAUUUCACCGAAAAAGAAGCCCUCAUGUCAGAAUUGAAGGUGCUGAGUUACCUUGGCAAUCACAUCAAUAUUGUGAACUUACUUGGAGCCUGUACUAUUGGAGGUCCUACUCUGGUCAUCACUGAAUAUUGCUGUUAUGGCGACCUUUUGAAUUUCCUAAGGAGGAAACGAGAUUCCUUCAUUUGCCAGAGGCCUGAAGAAACUGCUGUUUACAAGAACAUCCUCUAUCAGAAAGAACACAUGUAUGAUGCCACCAAUGAGUACAUGGACAUGAAACCAGGAGUUUCUCAAGUUGUCCACGCCAAAACCACUAAAAGACUAGGGUCAUUGGCUAAUCAGGAUGUCACGGUUGCCAUUUUAGAAGAUGAUGAAUUAGCUCUGGAUGUUGAAGAUCUGUUAAGUUUUUCUUACCAGGUAGCAAAGGGGAUGAGCUUUCUUUCAUCUAAAAAUUGCAUUCACAGAGAUCUGGCAGCAAGGAAUAUAUUACUUACUCAUGGACGGAUAACAAAAAUCUGUGACUUCGGCCUUGCAAGAGACAUCAGGAAUGACUCAAAUUAUGUGGUCAAAGGAAAUGCACGGCUUCCUGUGAAGUGGAUGGCCCCUGAGAGUAUCUUUGAAUGUGUGUACACCUUUGAGAGCGAUGUUUGGUCUUAUGGAAUUCUGCUUUGGGAACUCUUCUCUUUAGGAAGCAGUCCCUACCCUGGAAUGCCUGUGGAUUCCAAGUUCUACAAAAACAUCAAGGAAGGAUACAGAAUGUUUAGUCCAGAAUAUGCACCUCCAGAAAUCUUUAACAUCAUGAAGAGCUGCUGGGAUGCUGACCCUGUGAAGCGGCCAACUUUUAAGCAAAUUGUACAACUGAUUGAACAGCAGAUCUCCGACACCACAAGUCAUAUUUACUCCAAUGUUUCAAACAGCAUUUGUAGUCAAGGAAAUGCCGCAGAUCACUCUGUAAGAAUUAACUCGGUGGGUAGCAGCUCUUCGUCUACUCAGCCCUUACUCACGCACGAGGAUGUUUGAAAAUAGACUCAAUCCAUCUUGCUGGAGAAUGUACUGUUUCAAAAUGACGAUCUGUCGUUCUAAUGGUAGUAGAAGUAUUGCAGGAGUUGCUCUGUGUUGCUUUCUUUUUAAUCACAUACAAAAUUAGACUGCCCAGUCACACCACUGUUAACACUGCUUGCUAGGAUAUGCAUAAUUGCUAUAUUAUAGGCAAUGGCAAUAUAGAAUCAGAUUUGGGAGUGGGAAAUAGCAGUUUCAAAAAUAAGUAUGGGUUGUUGUUGUUUUUUUAAAAGAAGAGCAUCGUAUGAAAGGCAUCGGAACAUCUGAGUCCAAAAUGUUGAUGUGUUGAGUGUGGAAGAGGAAAUAUUUGAGUAAUUUCCAUUAUUUCCUAAAUCUUAAUGGGGUAGAACGAAAGCAAAAGAAAAAAAGAAAAAACUGACAUUCCAAAUCCAAGAACAAGGAGGUAACACUUGGUUGAGAAACAAAUCUUGAAUGAGCAUCAAACAGAACUUAUUUCUAGUAGAAAGUUGAGGAACUUAUGGCUGUGAAGCAAGCUCGUAGUCAUGGGUGUUAAAAUUGUAACUUUUUGGAGAACCAGAGUCCCUAGCUUUGAGUUACUGCCAGUUCCACCUUGCUUAUGCCUUUGUUCAGUAUUUCCAAAUGUUUCACUUUAGGCCGGUGUUUCUCAACCUUGGCAGUUUUAAGAGGUGUAGACUUUACUCCCCGAAUUCUGGAAGUUGAAAUCCACACCUCUCAAAGUUGCCACGGUUAAAGAAACUCUGCUCUAAGCAGAAAAUAUAUAACAUGAGAGGGACAAAAAAUAAUUUACCUGCCUCGUUUUUCUCCACAGGGUUUAUAUUCUAACAGACGUAUUUUCUGUACUGUUUUCUCGCUGCCUUUUUGUCUACUACGUUCAGGGCUUCUGCAUCUGGCCUACAACUAUCAGAUGAACCACUAGGUGAGAGCAGAGAGUUUUAAGAGUUUUCCAUGUCUCUUUGCUGCCUUCUAGUGGUUGUUCAGAAUUUGUAACUCAGAUACAAUAGUCCUGAUGGUUUCCCACAGUAUCUUCAUUUGUAAGAGAGAGUUUUUAAAAAGUAAUAUCAAAUAUGGUGGAUUUCCCAGUCUGGUGAAGACAUACGUCUACUUGUGUUUCAAAACAGAUAGUCAUAUAUUCUUGGUGUAGCUCCUGUAGAUUGAGUGAAAAGAUGGCUCACUGGUUGAAUUUGUGUAUAGGGGUGACAGCGUGUAUUUAAAUCAGUCGAAUUAGAUUUGAUAAAACUCCACCAAUUUUAUCAGGAGUGCAUUUUUUUUAUACUUUGAAAAAUUAUGAGAGGUAAACCAUCCCUUAGUUACAUCUGAGAACAUCUUACUUACCUGUGUUGCUUCAUAUUUGGGUAUGUCAGCAUUGAGAAAAAUAACUAAUAACAUGUUAAAAUCAGAGCAUUGGCAGGUAAACAGCAGUUAAGUGUAUCCAUUGUUUUUUUUUUUUUCUGAACGUGCAUCUUUUUCUUAAAUGCAAAACAUCCAGGGAAGUCUUCAGAAUAAGUCUAACAAAUUCUAAAAUAUUGAUUUAUUUAGAAUGCACUAGGCCUCUCUCGUCCUGUUAUUUACAUUACCUGUAUUGUUACAUUUACAUACAUUUUUGAUAAAAGCAAUUAUUUGCCCUAUUGCAAUGUUAUUAAAUACUUCUCCAAAUGCAAGAUAAUUCAGAUGCACUCCUAAUGCCCUCCUUGGCUUAAAUACCAUUAGCCUUUGCUCUGUAAUCUGAUCUAUAAUUUGGUAUUCUUCUAUGUAGUUUAGGGUUAUAGCUACAAAAAAAAACUGGGCCAGCCAGUUUUAUGGAUGCUUGCACUGUUAUACUGUUGCACCUUUCCAAAUUUUGCCAGGGUUUUACGGGGAAUGGCUUAGUCUAAACUUCUUAAGUGUAGAGGAUUCCCAUUCUCUUCUGUGAAAGGAAUAGACUUCACACGAGCACUAGCUUCUCCUUACAACAUGCAGAAUAUCUUCGUAUGCUGAUCAAAGGGAAGGCUCUGCAAAGUAUUUGUGUGUACUGUCAAAACCUUACCUGCUCAAUGGAGCCAUUGGACUGACGGUUUCAGCUGAGAGGCCUCAGAGAGCUAAAGGUCUACCUUAUACCUAGAUGACACCACUGGAGAAGGCUGCCGUUAGCCCUGUUUUCACGUUCAGUACCCGUAAAAGGCACAACAGCUGACACAUUUGAAUCUGUACAAGAGUGUGUGAAAGGGAUCGUUCUCCUUCUGGCACUCAACCCUGGUAAGGCUUGGAAAUGUAGGAUUGGAAACCUUGCAAAAUAGAUUCCCAGUUGCAUGGAAGAAUCUACCUUUCCCCCUCAGUGAACCACAGUAGAGGUCUCUCCGUCCCUGCUCCUCACGCCGUAAGGCUGGGGAAUGGUGCUGCAGGUGGAAUUCUUCUGUCUUAUUUCUCUGACUUUCGCCCAUUCAACCAGAUCUGAAGCGGAGGAGCCCUACGUAAUUUGAAUAGGAUAUAGCCCCAUCUUGGGAUUCCCAAAUUGCAAGAGAGACCAAAAUUCAUGUUUAUUCAAGAUGUGAAUGCAUCGUUCCAUUCCGUCCUCCCAGAAGUCAAAAAGGCUAGGCGCAGAACCAUCUUUUAUCCAGAUAUUAAAAUUAUCACAUGUGAAAGCAAAUCUCUCAAGAGAAAGUAGCAUUUUUGUUGAAUCUGUCAGAGUUAAGAGAGGUGAUUAGGGAGCUUCCCAAAUUCGAUGUAUAUUUCUGUACAGAAGGUGAAAACAGGGCUUGAGUCAUACACUUUUACCUUCCUAAAGCUUUUAAAGCUACCAGAAAAAUGCUCUUUGGCAUUUAUAGCAGUUAUUCGCAAAAUUCUAAUAAUUAUAGGCACAGCGGUACUUCAUUGGCACUUCGAUGAUUUAUUUUUUUUUCUUUUUAAGAGUCUCAAAAGCUAUAUUUUUAUAAUUUUGUUUUUUUGUUCAAAUGUAGUUUAUGCAGCAGCUUGAGAUUUUCAGAUGGGUUUUGUUUGGUUGUGUUCUCAUGUCAAUGCUAAACUGUAGCAAUAAGGUCUUCUCCACUCUUAGGUUCUUGAGUUAAAAAUAUUUUUAUAUAAAUAUAUAUAUAUAUAAAUAUAAAUAUAUGCACAGUGCCUGUAUGUAUAAAUACAUGGAUGUUUGAAAGAUGUAUUGUUGAAAAGUUUAAAUAAAGGU